AUGACAGGUCUGAAGGCUGGAGGAGCCUCUACUGGUGGUCCUGGUAAUACGUUCCACUACACUUUUCAUGGUGAUCCCCAUGCUACUUUUGCAUCCUUUUUUGGUGGUUCCAGUCCUUUUGAUAUUUUCUUUGGCACUCCAGGACGCUCCAGAAUGAGUGCUGACUUUAGUCAUGAUGACAUGGACAUUGAUGAUGAUGACCACGAUCCCUUCAACGCAUUUAACCAUUUUGGUUUCAAUGGAAUGAAUGGAUUUCACCGGCGGCAUCCAGGCUCCCUCCAUACUCGGAGAAAGAUACAGGAUCCCCCUGUCAUUCAUGAACUUAGAGUAUCCCUUGAAGAAAUCUACCAUGGUUGCACUAAAAGAAUGAAGAUCACCCGUAGACGGUUGAACCCAGAUGGCCGAACCACAAGGACCGAAGACAAGAUUUUGAAUGUUGUUAUUAAGAAAGGUUGGAAAGAGGGCACAAAAAUCACAUUCCCCAGGGAAGGUGAUGAAACAGCAACCAACAUCCCAGCUGAUAUUGUCUUUAUUCUGAAAGACAAACCUCAUCUUCAUUUCAAGAGAGAUGGAUCCAAUGUAGUUUAUGUCGUGAAAGUCACUCUUAGGGAAGACCACAUCCUCUUCCUACUUGGCUUCGCUGGUACCAUUGUGGACCACAACCUCUGA